AUUGUGACGUCAUAAGGACUCAGCCGCAAUUCCGCCGUCUGUUGUGAUUCAGUUGAUUAAAGGUGUGGAUUUGGCUUUGGGAGACUGACCAGCAGUUAUGAGCACUUUAUCCUGAAGCAGAAAUCGAAAGCAACAGGCGGUCGAUUAAGUGAGAUUCCCAAACCAGCAUAUCACGAAGCGCAUUCUGGGUUGAGCGAGCGGCACUGAUCGGCCUGAGAGAGCGGAUUGGAAUCUUCAAAAAGAUCUGCUCCUCCAUAUUUCCUGAUUCACCCCUGCAGUGAAGACACGCCCACAGGAAUUCACCAAUAAAUGCUGUGAUUAUUUCCAUCAUCUGACAAGUGAAGGAAUAAAAAAGGUGGUUUAUAAAGAGGAGCAACUCCAAGUGUGACAACUGAUGUCUACUGACAUACUGUUGCAAAAAUGAAGACUGUUAAAGAGGAGUUUAAAGAGGAGCUUGAAGACAUCAGUAUUACAGAACCAUGCAGAAUGAAACAUGAAGAUACUGAGGAACAAAGAGAAUUGACAGAAGUAAAAGAAGAAAGUCAAGGACUGAAUGACGUGGAGAAGAAACACCAUCAGUAUCAGACAUAUGAAAAUUUCAUGACUGGUGAAGAAUCUUGUAGUGGCUCAAAGACUGAAAAUAAUUUCUCACAGAAAAGAACUCAAAGAACAAGAGACAAAAAAUAUUUUGCCUGCUCUCACUGUGGAAAGAGUUUUACCACAAAACAAAUCCUUAACGUUCACUUAAAAUUUCACACUGAAGUAAAGCCUUUCACCUGCCAUCAGUGUGAAAAGAGUUUUGUACAAAAAGGAGAUCUAAAGCGUCACAUGAGAAUUCACACUGGAGAGAAAUCUUUCACCUGCUCUCAGUGUGGAAAGAGUUUCACACAUGAAAGAAACCUUAACACACACUUAAAACUUCACACUGGAGAGAAGCCUUUCUCGUGCUUUCAAUGUGGAAAACGUUUUGCAGUUAAAAGAGGCCUUCAGGGUCACAUGAGAAUUCACACAGGAGACAAGCCUCACACAUGCCCUCAAUGUGGCAAGUGUUUCAUAGAGAAAGGAAAUCUUCAGCGUCACGUAAGAAUUCACACUGGAGAGAAGCCUUUCAAAUGCCUUCAAUGUGGAAAGUGUUUCAAGCAAUCAGGCUCUCUCACACUUCAUCUGCGCUCUCACUCUGGAUUAAAGCCAUUUAACUGUGAUCAGUGUGGCAUGACAUUUAUGUGGCCAUCACAACUAAAGGCACACAUGCCAACUCACACAAAUGAAAAGCCUUACGUGUGUUCUUUUUGUGGAAAGAGUUUCGUUUCAUCAUCAAUCCUGAAAACUCACGUGAGAGUUCAUACUGGAGAGAAGCCAUUCAAAUGCACUUCAUGCGGGAAGAGUUUCACCCAAUCAAAUAAUCUAAAGUUUCAUUUAAAAAAGGGCUACAUGACAGAAGUAAAAGAAGAAAGUCAAGAACUUGAUGACGUGAAAGAUAAACCCCAUCAGUAUCACACAUUUGAUUAUUUCAAAAACAGUGAAGAGCCUUUUAGUGGUUUAAAGACUGAAAAUUAUUUCUCAAGAAAAAGAACUAGAAGAACAAGAGUCAAAAAGUCUUUCACCUGCUCUCACUGCGGAAAGAGUUUCACACACAAAGGAAACCUUAAAACUCACUUAAGACUUCACACUGGAGAGAAGCCUUUCACAUGCCAUCAGUGUGGAACAAGUUUUGCACAAAAAGGAGAUCUUAAAGGGCACAUGAGAAUUCACACUGGAGAAAAGCCUUUCACCUGCUCUCAGUGUGGCAAAAGUUUCUCAGUGAGAGCAAACCUUAAGAGUCAUCUGCGACGUCACUCCGGAGAGAAGCCUUUCACAUGCCUUCAGUGUGGAAAGAGUUUCUCAAUGAGAGCAACCCUUAAGAGUCACCUACGACUUCACUCCGGAGAGAAGCCUUUCACAUGCCUUCGGUGUGGAAAGAGUUUCAUACAGAAAGGACAUCUUCAGCGUCACAUGAGAAUUCACACUGGAGAGAAGCCUUUUACAUGUCCUCAAUGUAGAAAGAGUUUUGCACGAAAAGGACAUCUUCAGCGUCACAUGAGAAUUCACACUGGAGAGAAGCCUUUCGCCUGUUCUCACUGUGGAAAGAGUUUCACACAAGCAGGCAAUCUCUCUGUUCAUCUGCGUUAUCACUCUGGAUUAAGACCAUUUAACUGUGAUCAGUGUGGCAAGACAUUUAUCGGUGCAUCACAGCUAAAGUUACACCUGAUAUCUCAUGCAAAUGAGAAGCCUCACGUGUGUUCUUUUUGUGGAAAGAGUUUCAUAACAUCAGGACACCUGAAAGCACAUGUGAGAGUGCAUACUGGAGAGAAGCCAUACCACUGUACUUCAUGUGGGAAGAGUUUCACUCAGUCAAGUAGUCUGAAGAUUCAUUUAAAAAAGCGUUGUCCAAAACUGUCAUGUGUUAAAGAAGAGUUUAAAGAGGAGAGUGAAGACAUCAGUAUUACAGAAUCAUGCAGAAUUAAACAUGAAGAUACUGAAGAACAAAGAGAAGUGAAAGAGGAAAGUCAAGAACUGAAUGACGUGGAGGAGAAACAUCAGUAUCGAAAGCUUAUUAAUGUCAAGACUGGUGACGAAUCUUUUAGUGGCUCAAAGACUGAAAUUAAUUUCUCACAGAAAAUAACUCAAAGAACAAGAGCCAAAAACUAUUUUAUUUGCUCUCACUGUGGAAAGAGUUUCACACAAAAAGAAAACCUUAACGUUCACUUCAAACUUCACACUGGAGAGAAGCCCUUCACGUGCCAUCAGUGUGGAAAGAGUUUUGCACAUAAAGGAGAUCUUACGCGUCACAAUAAAAUUCACACUGGAGAGAAGCAUUUCACCUGUUCUCAAUGUGGAAAGAGUUUUACACAAAAAGGACAUCUUAAGCGUCACAUGAGAAUUCACACUGGAAAGAAGCCAUUCAAAUGCCAUCAGUGUGGAAAGAGUUUCAAGCUAUCGGGCUAUCUCACAGUUCAUCUGCGGUCUCACUCUGGAUUAAAGCCAUUUAAUUGUGAUCAGUGUGGCAAGACAUUUAUGUGGCCAUCACAACUAAAGGUGCAUGUGUCAACUCACACAAAUGAGAAGCCUCAUGUGUGUUCUUUUUGUGGAAAGAGUUUUGGUACAUCAGGAACCCUGAAAUCACAUGAGAGAGUGCAUACUGGAGAAAAGCCAUACCACUGUACUUCAUGUGGGAAGAGUUUCACUCAAUCAGGUCAUCUACUGACUCAUAUAAAAAAGCAUUGUCCAAAACUGUCUUAGUGAGCAAUGUUAAUUUCAGGGCCAAAAUGUAUUAAAUAUAAUAAAUACAAUGUCAGUCAGUUCACUA